AUGGCGGCUGUAGCUCCUCCCGCCAUGCAGCCUUGUCAGACCUGUACCACCACCCAGAACAGGACAUAUACCUGUAUCCAGUGCAACAAUCUUGCCUUUUGCGAUACUUGCUGGCCAAAAUGGGUUCUCCAUGUGCCAGGAUCGGUGGGCUGGAAUGGCAAGCCGCACGAAAAGGCUGAUCCGUUCGUGCUGCAUCGUAUGCGAGAGAUUCUAGAUCCCUCUCGCACAGAAACCCAGCACGAGGCCGAACUUCGUGAAGAUGAGGACACGUCUUGGUUCGGCUUCGGUCGAGAUCCCACGGGCCAGCCCAUUUUCCAUGACUAUGGGAGGUUUGGGGCCAUCAUGGCAGACUCGGCCAGCGAGGAUAUCCCCGAGCGCCAUCCUCAACUCGCUUCAUUUAUCGGUGAAACAGGAGCGGGUAAGAGUACGGUGAUCAAACUUUUGAUAGAUCGUCAAGACAUGACGACCAUGGAGAGAUCCAGAUUUUAUUCUCCAGUGACUUCGUCAACACAUGAUCACAUUCCAACAACUGGAGAUGUGCAUUUGUACGCAGACCCGGCGACCAUCCACACCAGUCAGCCACUGCUUCUCUGCGACUGCGAGGGCCUUAAUGGUGGAGAGAUGCUGCCCAAGCAGUUGAAGCACCGCGCAGAAGACCUUGCCAGUGGCUACAAGACGAGCCAAUCUCGGCGGAUCAACUGGGCAAAGACGCCAAACACCAAAAAGAGAGAAUUUGCUGUCGCGCAGCUCUAUCCGCGCAUUCUGUACACCUUCUCUGAUGUCGUGGUCUUCGUGCUCAGGAGUCCUCGCUCAUUUGAGUCGACAGUACUACCAAAGCUGUUGAAAUGGGGCGCUGCAUCGAUUGACAAGUCACUCAACCAACCCGUGCUUCCACACGCGGUGAUUGUGCUCAACGCCACCGAGCCAGGUAUCGACGAGAAGGAGUGGGAUCCAACUGUGGCCACCCAGAUGCUCAUGAACGACAUUGCUGGGGCAGUCACGCGCGAGCCGAUUGUGCAGGACUAUGCUAUGCAGUGGCGUAAGCGAGGCAAAGUCGUGACCAGCACCAAGGAACUGCUAGAGUGCUACUAUGCCUCCGUCACUGUCAUCAGAAUUCCUUACAAGGGCCAGUACAUGCUGAUGAACGAGCAGGCGGGCAAGCUGGCAGAGGUCAUCCAAGAUCGGGCUCAGCUAUCUCACCUGCGCAAGAGGCGAGUGCGCAUGCUGGCAACGCCCGAGAAGCUCCAAUUCUACCUCCAUGCAGCCUUUGACCACUUCACCAACGACCUCGACACGCCCUUUGACUUUAUCAAGGAGACUCUCCGCCACAGUCCCGUGGCAAGGAACUUUGAGGGCAACAUCCUGAAUUUGGCCCUCGCCAUUCGCGACCGGACGAGCAACGGCAAGAUCAAGAACAAUGCAAAGCAGAUCUUCCGGGCCAUGGUGCCCAUUAUCGCAUCCUGCGUCAUGUUUGACACCGUCCGGCAAAACAUGCUGGGUACUGCCUCGCGCAUGCUAGAUGACAGAUAUGCGCAGCCAUGCACCGCGGCUCUGGAGACAUUUGUCGACAUGCAUUGGCCGUGUACCUAUACAAACCCAAACUACCCCGGUGAAAUGGGACGCUGCUGCAAUGUACGGUCAGGUCACAACCCAAAGGGUCACCAAAACCUUCAGGGCAAGAUCAUCGGCAACGGUGACUACCAGUCUGAUAUUGAUCCCGCCGAGUUCGCACCAUCUUGGAAUCAUGCCAUCCGGCAGAGUCUUAUUCAGCUGCAGUCGUCCGCCUUUAGGCUGAGCCAAGAGUUUCCCGACAUGCCUGAACUACAAGUUGCUGCCCUCCUCCACCGCGAACGGCUCAACGAGCAAUACUCUAACAUACUCGGAGCUGCUACAGAUUUUAUCAGCUAUUCGGCAUGUCUUUGCUGUCUUCGAGAGCUUCCCGAGUGCGCAUUACCCUGUGGCCACGUGCUGUGUUUGCCAUGUGUCCAGAUUUAUGGUACCAAGACAUCCAGGACUACGAUUGAGAUCAGUCGGUGCCCGCUACACGUCAAGGAUGUCCUUUGCAGCCCGCCCUGGGUGAUCAACACCAAGCCUGCUCAUGCUGGCACCCGUACGCUGGUUCUCGAUGGUGGCGGUAUCCGGGGCAUCGUACAAUUGACCGUGCUCCGCGAGAUGGAAAGAAUACUUGGCCCCGAUCUGCCCCUCCAGCUCUUCUUUGACCUUAUUGUUGGUUCCAACACGGGCGGCAUCAUAGCCAUUGGUCUAGGUGUCAAGAAGUGGACGGUACAAGCUACCAUGGAUAAGUUCAAGGACAUGUGCCUCGAGGCUUUCACACCCAGAGAAAUGCAAAGCGUCCCAAUUGUUGGCCUAAUUUCAAACUUGUACCACGGCAGUCUUUACAAGACACAGCCAUUGGCCAAGACUCUCAAGAGAUAUCUCUCUGAUCAGCCCUUCUUUGGUGUCAGUACAAGGUCCCGCCAAAAUGUAUCCCUGAAGGUGGCAGUGACAGCUACCACGUCCAUGGAGCACCAGCCUAUAAUUUUCGCCAACUACAACCGCGCAGAUCCAAGCAAUAGGAAGCUUCCAUAUGAGUUUGCCCGCGCAGAUAUGCCAACCAAAGAGAUCAAGAUCUGGGAAGCUGCAAGGGCGACGACGUCGGUUCAACCGUAUUUCAAGGCAUUCCACAAGGACGAGACAAACACCGAAUACAUCGACGGCGGUCCUCGCCAUGCGUGUCCCGUUUGGAUCAGUCACCAUGAGAGCAAGGCAAUCUGGGAAAGCGAAGCAAAGCCAGACCUGGUCCUCUCAAUAGGAACCGGCCGAAACGUUGGUGACAACCGGUCCGCUUCCAGCAUAGGCCGCUCAUCCCAGUCCGUCACGGCUACCUCGACCUCCAUGAUGCCGGGCGGUAACGCAGUACUGAGACAGGGACGGGGCGGAGCUGGUAACUACAAGGUUCGUGGUGCUGCCAGCAACUCGGCAAUGAAUGCGGCGAAGAAUGGCAAUGCUGGCUACUUUCACCGCGAUCCGAGAACACCCAUGCUUAUUUCUCUCAACAACCCAAGCGCCGGUGCAGAGAAAUCCAACGAUCACAAGCAGGGAGAUACGAUAUGGAACAAGUAUAUUUCUCUUCACGUGGUGAAUGAAGAGGACCGCUCACGAUAUAUGCGUCUCAACCCCGAGUUAUUUGCCGAGAUGCCCAAAUUCGCCGACGUAUCAAAGAUUGAAGACCUUGAGCGACAAACAGAGGAGGCCAUCCGAAGGAAUCCCGCUGUCGUUAUGGAGGCUGUCCAUAGAUUAAUAGCCAGCACGUUCUUUUUCGAGAGAGACGCCGGCUCGGCCAAGCAGACCAAGGAGGGCUACACUUGCACCGGGUCCAUUUACUGCAGAUUCCGUCAGGCCUCCCCUGAGCUCAAGGCUCUCGGCUGGCUGCUCGUAUCGGCGUCAUGCCUUGAGGGUGAUUUCGAGCCAUACUUUUUGCUAGAGGAGGACAAAACGAGGCUGCCGGUGCGGCAAAUCGUGCUGACACAGACAGCUCUUCAGGAUAUGCACUUUCACGGAGUUUUUGAACUCGAGCCAAUCACCAUCAAUGUCCUGGAUGAGACGUCCGAGAUUUCUCUGUCUCUCGCAAUGCACACGUCACCCUACCCAUCUGGCAGCACUCUGCUGCCCAUCAGCGGCUUCCCGCGGCGUAUCAUGGCCGACGCGGCUGGCGAUGUGGCCACGCCAAUGGUGCCUGGAAGAAACGCUCUAGCUCCCAUCACGCCCACGUCGCCGCCACCUCCAUAUCUCCAGGAGCAUGCAGCGUCGAGGACAGGGCAUCAUAACCCCAAACAUUCCCCUAUUGCAACCCAACACGAGGAAGAAGAAGAGCACGUCGUCGAAGGGGCGGAGAGGAAGGGUAUCCCACCCGCGGCGAGCGUUAUUGAAAGACAGUACACUGGCAGCUCUUCAUACUCGGCACAACCUACAGUUUCUUCGCCGCAGUCGAUGGCAGCCAGUCUGGUCAGCUCGACGACCAGCCUGGAUGUGCCGCCGCUCAGCCACAUGAGCCUGAGGGAGUUUAUUGAAGAGGAGCGGGCCGAGCUGGAGGGGUCGUCACCGCCGGCCGAGCUCGAGGGCCCCCAGGUCGAUUCAUUCACGACUCGAAAAGUAAUCAGCAUGAGGAUGUAG